CCACUCUAAUUAACGUCCUCCCCUUUUACCAAAUGAUCGCGACAAAGCCUAAGUGAAAGCAACCGAGAUCAUUAUAUAUUUUUUGCGAUAACAACUAUUCUUGAACUAAUGUCUGCCAUGUCUACCUCAGCUAAUUUUCCAGAACCCGAACAUUCCGGACUGUUAAAGUUUUUAUCUGCUGCGUUCUACGCUGUCAGUUCUUUUUUGAUCAUUGUUGUGAACAAAACGAUUCUCACAAACUACAGAUUUCCCUCCUACAUGUUUCUAGGAAUUGGCCAGAUGACUACUACAAUCCUCAUUCUCUAUUUUGCUAAAAUGAACCAAACAGUUCACUUCCAAGACUUUGACAGAAGUGUUCUCGUCAAAAUCUUCCCCCUACCUUUGCUGUAUGUUGGAAACCACAUAACAGGACUGGCUAGUACAAAGAAGUUAAGCUUACCCAUGUUCACGGUAUUAAGGAAGUUCACCAUAUUGAUGACAAUGAUCAUGGAAGCAAGGCUAUUGAGAAAAACAUUCCCUAAUCGUCUUAUCUACAGUGUUCUGGCCAUAGUUUUUGGAGCUUUGGUGGCUGCCAGCUCUGACUUGGCCUUUGAUGCAGAGGGCUACACGUUCAUUCUGCUUAAUGAUGUCUUCACUGCUGCCAGUGGUGUGUACACCAAGAAGAAGCUGGGAACUGAGGGUCUUGGAAAAUAUGGGAUCUUAUUUUACAAUGCAUUCAUCAUCGUCAUCCCAACUCUUCUAGCAAGUGCAUUUACUGGGGAUUUACACAAGGCCAUCACAUAUGAACACUGGUUGAAUGCCCCCUUUGUUUCCUGCUUCCUUAUUUCCUGCCUCAUGGGGUUUGUGCUGAUGUAUUCCAUAGUGCUGUGUAGCCACUACAACUCUGCACUGACCACCACGGUGGUGGGAGCAAUUAAGAACGUUGCUGUGGCCUACAUCGGCAUGUUUUUAGGUGGAGACUACCUGUUUUCAUGGACCAACUUCCUGGGGUUAAAUAUUUGUAUAUCAGGGGGACUUGUGUAUUCCUACCUGACAUUCCACAGCAGCAGCAAACCAUCCCAAAGCGAUGAAAGCGGAAUACAGGGAAACCAGGACCAGCUGAUCAUUCCAUUGAUGGAAGAUUCCAUAGACAGACUCCCUGUGAAAUAAGUGAAUAAACCUGUGAUGAACCAGGUGAGACAUGAUGCCGUAGACUUUUUCUGUACUGUAAGCAGUAAACACUGCCUUUGGUAUCGGCUCCAUAGUGGAGCAAAAGUUAUAACAUUUUGUAGACUUAAAUGAUCAUUAUGUUAAAUGAUAAUCAUAUUGUUGGCCAAUGUUCAUUAUUUUGUGUUGCAAGUUGAAACCUGCAAUUCAAUGGUCUUGUCAAGGGUUUAGCUAUACUAUAGGUGUUAUUAUACACGUAAAUAGCAAUACUAUAUGUAUUAUUACACAUGUAAAUAGCAAUACUAUAUGUAUUAUUGCACAUGCAAAUAGCAAUACUAUAUGUAUUAUUGCACAUGCAAAUAGCAAUAUUAUAUGUAUUAUUACACAUGCAAAUAGCAAUACUAUAUAUAUUGUUACACAUUCAAAUAACAAUACUAUAUGUAUUAUUACACAUGUAAAUAGCAAUACUAUAUGUAUUAUUGCACACGCAAAUAGCAAUACUAUAUGUAUUAUUGCACAUGCAAAUAGCAAUACUAUAUGUAUUAUUACACAUGCAAAUAGCAAUACUAUAUGUAUUAUUACACAUGUAAAUAGCAAUACUAUAUGUAUUAUUACACAUGUAAAUAGCAAUACUAUAUGUAUUAUUGCACAUGCAAAUAGCAAUACUAUAUGUAUUAUUACACAUGUAAAUAGCAAUACUAUAUGUAUUAUUACACAUGCAAAUAGCAAUACUAUAUAUAUUAUUACACAUGCAAAUAGCAAUACUAUAUGUAUUAUUACACAUGUAAAUAGCAAUACUAUAUGUAUUAUUGCACAUGCAAAUAGCAAUACUAUAUGUAUUAUUGCACAUGCAAAUAGCAAUACUAUAUGUAUUAUUACACAUGCAAAUAGCAAUACUAUAUGUAUUAUUACACAUGAAAAUAGCAAUACUAUAUGUACUAUUACACAUAUAAAUAGCAAUACUAUAUGUAUUAUUACACAUGUAAACAGCAAUGACUACUAGUAGUUACUAACCUCCUCUUGAAACCAAUGUGUGUGACUGAAAGACAUACUGUAGUGUAGUGUAUAGAGCUGUAUGUUCAAUGAGAACUAAACUACAGUUUAGUGAUGCAGCUCUUAACAAAUCAAUGAACCUAACUAUAAACGUGAAGAAAUGAAACUAGCUCCUAGUCCAUGAUCAAUGAUGGUGUUUAUUGAAGACCAACUAGUACCAACAGUGGACUGCCUAUAAAAAUAAUCUCGGCUUUAAACACCAACAAUGUCAUCUCCACAGAGCAAGUCAGAACAUUUCCUAUCAAGGCCUAAAACACACCAAUUCUGACUAUGGUCUGUUUAACACGGUGGGAGAGAAAGUGAAUUUCACAAUCAUCUACACAUGAACUUCAAGCUCUUGUACUGUAGAUUGUGUGCAGUCAUUUUUCUCCUUCUCUUUUUCUAACAAACAAGUUAGGGAAUAUAUUAACUGACAAAACAUUUUGAAACCAAAUAAUAAACAAUGAGUUAGAAAAACAAGAUAUAUACAUUAUACUUGGGUAUAAUAAUACAUCAUUUGGUGCUUUGACUAUCAAAUAAUAACUGUUGUCCAGUUUAGCCUGUACUCCAUCAAAAGAUGUACAGGACACGUUAUCACACUGGACAGUGUGGUCCAUUCAACGUCUAGUUUUAUUUACAUUUGUUUGAAUUGUAAAGUAAAGUGAAUUCAAUGUGAAAUCUUUUUUUUUUUUACCAUGUCAUUGGUUAAAAGUUGGGUGAGAAAAAUACAAACCAAAAUACCUUCAUG